GAUGCCUUCACCCUUAAUUCUUCCUUGUCCAUUCUUUCUUUAGCUUCAUGAGGCUCAAAUCCAUGGAGUUUUCCUUUCGAAAUAAUAAAGAAAGUAUUGUAAACACAAAGAAUAUUUCUAUACUAUUAAUAGCCAUAACAUUAAUUCUCCUAACUGUUGUUCAUCUAAAUUAUCCAUUUUUGAUGUACUCUUCAAAGAAUCCUGCAGAAAUUGAUGAAUCCGUAAAGAUUAAGGAUCAAGAUUAUGAAAAGUGUGACAUUUCUACGGGUGAAUGGGUUCCGAAUCCCGAGGCGCCAUACUACACGAAUAUGACUUGUUCGUCAAUCCAUGAGCACCAGAACUGCAUGAAAUAUGGAAGGCCAGAUAGAGAUUUCAUGAAAUGGAAGUGGAAACCAGAUGGAUGUGAUUUGCCUGUUUUCAAUCCUUAUCAAUUUCUGGAUAUUGUGAGGGGCAAAUCCAUGGCCUUUAUUGGAGACUCUGUGGGGAGGAACCAAUUGCAGUCCUUGAUAUGCCUCUUAUCCAGGGUUGAAAAUCCAAUCAACGUUUCACAUACUGAGGAUGAACAUUUCAGAAGUUGGAACUACGUGAGUUACAACUUCACCCUAGCCAGCUAUUGGACACCCUUUUUGGUGAAAUCCAAAGAGGCAGACCCUGAUGGUCCAACUCAUACGGGCCUAUUCAAUCUCUACCUUGACGAGGUUGACAAGUCGUGGACUAACCAUAUAGAUGAAUUCAACUAUAUUGUCCUCAACGCGGGUACCUGGUUUUACCGACCAUCCAUGUACUAUGAAAAUAGGCGCCUCGUGGGCUGUCGCUUCUGCCAAAUUCCAAAUGUCACGGACUUUCCAACCACUUAUGGUGCCCGAAGGGCGUUCAAAACAGCUUUUAAAGCUAUAAACAGUUUAGAAAACUUCAAAGGUGUAACAUUUUUAAGGACUUAUACACCAUCCCACUUUGAGAAUGGGUUGUGGAACCAAGGUGGGAAUUGUGUAAGACAGAGGCCUUUUAGAAGCAAUGAGAUUAUUUUGGAAGGUGCAAAUUUGGAUCUUUAUAUGACUCAAAUUGAGGAAUUUAGGAUUGCAGAAAGAGAAGGGAAGAAGAAGGGGUCCAGUUUCAGAUUAAUUGAUGUAACACAGGCUAUGUUGUUGAGGCCAGAUGGGCACCCCAGUAGAUAUGGGCAUUGGCCACAUGAAAAUGUAGUCAUGUAUAAUGAUUGUGUGCAUUGGUGUUUGCCGGGACCUGUUGAUUCAUGGAAUGAUUUCUUGCUUCAUUUGUUGAAGAUUGAGCGCAGAAGAUCCCACAAGGAAAGAAAUUCUCUACCCUGACCAAAGACGAUUUUUCUCUUUUUAUCCAAUUCUGUUAAGUGUAUUCUUUUAAGAAAUAUUGGUUAUAUUUGCAACGUAUUUAAUGGAGCAAAUUUUUUUAAAAAUUGACCGAGUGUUAUCAUCUCUCAAUUUGCAAUCAAC